AUGGCUAAACAUCGGCUGGAGUAUUAUUUUGCGAUAGACCCUUCACCUGACACUUCACUGCUGGUAGAAUUUGCCGAAGAACUGCACUUCAGCUAUGAGGUGGUUCGUACGUGGUUUUGCAACCGAAGACAGAAAAAAAGACGCAUUGACUAUGAAGCUAAAGUUAAUUUUCCUGAAGCUGCCAUUCUCAAUAAGAGCACAUCCCAUUUUGAGGAGGAAGUCAACGGCACUUUCCCUGGUAAUGCUGUAAUCUCUUCGCAAGACUCCUUGAGCAACUCAUAG